GUUCCUUUUCUGUUAUCAGGCACAUGCAGAUCUUCAGAGAGUCAGUAUGCCAUCUUCAUACCAGACCAACAUGAGGCUCAAGUUCCCUAUCCUCGCUAUUUCUUUGGAGAUUUUAAUAAUUAUUUUAUUUGGGGUUUUUGUUACAUAUAAGGAUAUAAGUGGAACAGGUUCACAUGGCAACUCCACAGACAACAGAUUUCAUGCUUUGUAUCCCAUGUUCCAGGAUGUCCAUGUGAUGAUCUUCAUUGGCUUUGGCUUUCUGAUGACCUUUUUAAAGAGAUAUGGCUUCAGCAGCGUUGGAUUCAACAUGCUUCUUGCUGCCCUGGGUCUUCAGUGGGGUAUUUUGAUGCAAGGCCUCUGGCAUCUCCAUAAUGGAAAAAUAGAAGUUGAUGUAUACAAAAUGAUAAAUGCAGAUUUCAGCACUGCAACUGUUCUCAUUUCAUUUGGGGCAGUUUUAGGAAAGACAAGUCCUGUCCAGUUGCUUAUCAUGACUAUCCUGGAAAUCACCAUCUUUGCCAUGAACGAGCAUCUUGUAGUGGAGAUACUUGAAGCAACAGAUACUGGAGCAUCAAUGACCAUUCAUGCAUUUGGAGCUUAUUUCGGCUUGGCUGUUACUCGUGUCCUGUACAGACCUGGGCUGAAAAAUGGACAUGAGAAUGAAGGUUCCGUUUAUCACUCUGACCUGUUUGCAAUGAUUGGGACAGUUUUCUUAUGGAUGUUUUGGCCCAGCUUUAACUCUGCAAUUGCUGCAGAAGGGCAAGACCAACUCAUCGCUGUUAUAAACACCUACUUCUCGUUGUCAGCUUGUGUCCUUACAGCAUUUGCAAUUUCUAGCUUAGUGCAAGAAAAAGGCAAAUUUGACAUGGUCCAUAUUCAGAAUGCCACCCUGGCAGGAGGUGUAGCUGUUGGCACUUGUGCAGAUAUGCACAUCGGUCCAUAUGGAGCCAUGCUGAUUGGCUUUGUAGCUGGAAUAAUUUCAACUUUUGGAUUUAAAUUUUUAACACCAAUCUUGGCAUCUAAAUUAGGAAUACAAGAUACAUGUGGAGUUCACAAUCUACAUGGCAUGCCUGGUGUUUUAGGAGGAAUGGCUGGUAUUGUAGCAGCGGCUAUCACAGGGAGGUCUUUCCAGAUGCAAUCUGCAGCUUUGGCAUCAUCUGUGGGAAUAGCCAUUAUAGGAGGAGCAAUCACAGGUUUUAUUAUGAAGCUACCCAUCUGGGGCCAACCACCUGAUCAGAACUGCUUUGAUGAUUCCAUCUAUUGGGAGGUGCCAGAAGAAGGAGAGGAAGAGGAAAACCACCUGGCACACGGAGAGCAUUCCACUAAUAAGAUUGAAGCCUAAAUUACAUUAAUAUUUAAAUUUAUUACAGCACUGCAACCACACACAACACUCAGUACACAAAUAAAAAAUAAUGUGGCCUUACAAUAUGGAACAUUUGUGGCGUGACACUUGUCAUACAUUAAAAUUGUGCUGUUUUCUAAAGUUGCUGUACAGCAGAUUUGACUUCUUCCCUUCAGAACUUUAAACGUAAACUCUUAAUCGUGGGAUUUAGUUGAGAAUGAACAUAAUAUGAAACUGAUCCCUACAAAUGCUAAAGCUAAUGUAUUUUUCAUACAGCUAACAGGGCAGACAUAGACAUAAACAUAGACUUUGACAAGUUUGGGAUAUCUGAAAAACAUUUUAGAUGUUUCAAAUUAUUUCCUAAUAUUUUAAAAUGGGUUUCCAACCGAAAUAUCUUAAAAUGCAGAUGUGAUAGCUUGAAAAAACAGGAUGUUAUUUCAAGAUAUUUAAAUGUAAGUUUUGAGGUAUCUAAAACACCUUUAAACAAACCUUAAACAGGCUUCCAGAUAUAUGAAAAUAGCUACCUGUGCAUUUCAAGUUAUUUCAAAAUGACUUUCUUGCUAUUUUAAGUUAUCCAUAAUGCAUUUUGAGACAUCUGAACAUACAGAGGAAAUGUUAUUGAGAAAAUAAGAAGUGCAAAAGGAGAUGAAUUUAGAGAUGUCACAAAGUUAAUUUCAGAUAUCUUAAAAUGCCUAGGAAGUCAGUUUGGCAUACCUUUAUAAAAAAAAGGAAACCUUGUUUUGAUAUAUCAUGAAUUCAUUUUCAGAUAUUUGAAAAGCUCUGCUGCAUUUUAGGAUAUCUCAACUGUAUUCUGAAAUAUCUCUAAACUUUCAGAAGGCUUACCAUUCCCAGCUUUCUAAAAUAAAAUUGACCUAAAUCAGAAAAAUAAGCCUCCUACAACUGGAUAUUGAAAACUUCAAGUGAUGAAGUGAUAAUAUAACUUGUUAAAGGAAAUGAACAAACUUUUCUGACUGCUUGCAUUUUUUUUACUUCUCUGUAACAUAUAUUUUAUGUAUUUAUCUUCAGGCUCUCUUUGAUUAUCAACCUUUAUGUGACAAAUGCAGCAUUUCUGCAUUUUUGUAAGUUAAAAAUUGUUAUAAAUUAUGUCUAGAUUAUGUUAUAAUUAAAAAAAAGUAAUGUCAAUUAGCACAAAAUAUUAAAAGUAAUAUACCUGUAACAUAUUAUAUAAAACAACAGGUUUCUACUCCCUGGACUGGGUAAAAGAACAGAUGGAUAGAUAAAUUCAAUAAAUGCACACUUCAAACAAAGCAUGCAUCAAAGAUGUUAUCCUGACAAGAAAGCAUCAUUUUAAUUAUUUGCCAUUUACAUUAUUUUACUGAAUAUGCAAGUGCAAGGUAUUUUUAAUUGAAAAAAAAUUAUUCUUUCAAAAUUAUCAUUUAAAACUUUACAUUUUUUAAAGUAACUUAAGUUACUAAAAACUUACUAAAACUGAAUAUUAUUUUUUUGCAUUUAGAACACUUUAUUUAAUUCAUGGUUUUUGUUACUAUUAUUUAUCAGAAAAUGCAGAUGAUGAUUUAGCCAUGUAAAAGAAAACACUAGAUGCUAAGCAAAAUUCAUUCACUGAUCCCUUUUCUGAACUUCUGUAGUGCAAGGUUGUGGGGGAGAAUUAAAUGAGGCCAUCACAAGACACGUUCAUGAACAUGCUCACAUGUUCUGGACCCAUUCAGAGUCGGCAAUUAACACACAGAGUUUUAUAGGGAUGUGUGUGGGAAACUAUAAGUAUCUGGAGAAAAUCCAUGGCAAAAAUGUGUAAGUACAUUGUGCACAGAUACCAACUGGGCUGAAAUUAAAUAGCUCCUGUAACAACAGGGCAUUGGCACUUCUCACUCACGACUGUGCUACUUUCUGAAAAUGCGAUUUUACAUUAUACUGUUCCAAAAGCAUUACAAGUGUAUAGGUAUAAAUAUAAUCAACAGAACAAAGUUAACAAAAUGAACACUGACAUAUUCCAAAGAAAAGAGUGUUUUCUUCUUCAUGUCUUUUAAUUAAUACUGGGUUGAUAUAAAAUAAAACAUAUGUUAUAAAAUGCAUUGUAAAUUUGUUGUAUAAUCAUUUACAUUAUUCAUGUUUUGUGACUUAUUUUGUAAUGCGGAUUGUUUAUAUAUUCAUGUUAGCUAUUAUUUUUAUGCCUAAGGUGAAGUUACAUUGUUUUCUUCCUAGUGAAACAAAUGUGAUUUUAAAGAUAAAUAAAGCAUUACUGACACAAAUUUCACCAA